AUGCAAAAAGAUGGGAAUCUUGUGCUGUAUCCAAGAAACGUGGCUACCAAUUUUCCCUAUAAGGCUUACUUUGCCACUGGCACAUGGGAUGCUGCGAAUUCAUCAAAUACUGGUUAUCAAUUGAUCUUUAAUGAGAUGGGCAGUAUGUACGUAUUGAAAAGAAGCAACGAAAGAUAUUUUCUGCAUCCAACACAGCCGGCACUUCCAGCUUCAGAUUAUUAUCUUAGAGCCACUCUGAAUUUUGAUGGAGUUUUUGUCCUGUAUUCUCACCGGAAAAAUUUUUCCGACGAGUCGAACUGGAAAGCUCUCUGGUCUUUGCCGGAAAAUAUAUGCGCCGAUGUUGUUGGAGGUGAAGGUAAUAAAGGUAGUGGGCCUUGUGGGUAUAACAGUGUUUGCAGACUUAAUGAAUAUCAAAGACCCAUUUGUGAAUGCCCACAGGGGUACUCAUUACUUGACCCGAAUGAUAAGUACGGAAGUUGCAAACCUAGUUUCAUUCAAAGUUGCGAUGAAUAUAAGUUGGGUUCUCCAGAAGAUCUGUACGAUUUUGUUGAGAUCAUUGAUACAGAUUGGCCAACAUCAGAUUUUGAGCAGUUCAACCCUUAUAGUGAAGAAGAUUGCAGAAAUUCUUGCUUAAAAGAUUGUUUCUGUGCUGUUGCUAUAUAUAGAGACAAUAGCUGUUGGAUGAAGAAGCUACCACUUUCAUAUGGGAGAAAAGACACCAAUCUUAACUCCAAGGCUUUUGUAAAAUUUAGGAAAGGUGAUGUUCCUCCACAGACUCGGAGUCCUAGUCCUCCUGUUUCAGAACCCAAGAAGAAGAAAAAUGGAGCUUUGAUCCUUGUGGGAUCAGUGCUUUUGGGGAGCUCUGUAUUCAUCAACUUUGUAUUAAUUGGUGCAACUUGCCUUGGGUUUUUCUUCAUCUACCACAAGAAAAUCGCAAAGAUUCCCCAAGGUAACGAUGUUGUGGGAUCAAAUUUGAGAUGUUUUACAUAUAAAGAGCUCGCAGAAGCUACGAAUGGGUUCAAACAAGAACUGGGAAGAGGUGCUUUUGGCAUAGUUUACAAAGGAGAAUUGCCAAUUGGUUCGACUAAUAUCAUCGCAGUCAAGAAGUUAGAUAGAGUGACUCAAGAUGAUUACAAAGAAUUCAAAACAGAAGUAAAUGUGAUAGGCCAAACUCACCACAAGAACUUGGUUCGACUGCUCGGAUUUUGCGACGAAGGACAGCACCGUUUACUGGUUUAUGAGUAUCUCAGCAAUGGCACACUAGCAGGUUAUCUUUUUGGUGACCCAAAACCCAGUUGGGACAAAAGGACCCAAAUUGCAUUGGGGAUUGCCAAAGGACUCUCCUACCUACAUGAAGAGUGUAGCACCCAAAUCAUUCAUUGCGAUAUAAAGCCUCAGAACAUACUUCUUGAUGAGUAUUACAAUGCUCGGAUUUCUGAUUUUGGAUUGGCAAAGCUUUUGAUGAUCAAUCAGAGUAGAACAAAUACUGGAAUCAGAGGUACUAAAGGCUAUGUUGCGCCCGAAUGGUUUCGAAACACUCCGAUCACAGUGAAGGUUGAUGUGUACAGCUUUGGGGUGUUGUUAAUGGAGAUAAUUUCAUGUAGGAGAAGCUUGGAAGGAUUGGAGGCGGGUGGUGAUGGAGGGAGAGAGAUUUUGACUGAUUGGGUUUGGGACUGCUUUCAGGAAGGAACAUUGGAGGAUUUGGUUCAGGAUGAUAUUGAGGCUUUGGAUGAUGUGAAGAAGCUUGAGAAGUUUGUGAUGGUUGGCAUUUGGUGUAUUCAAGAAGAUCCAUCUCUAAGGCCAAAUAUGGGGAAGGUUAGCCAAAUGCUUGAAGGUGUUGUUGAAGUUACAGUGCCUCCAUGUCCAUAUCCUUUUUCUAUUACUGUGUGA